UGCAAUAUCAUUUUCUGUCUGUGUUGUCCUAAUCUAAACAAAAUAAUUUAUUGAUAGAGUAAAACGUUUCUAAAUUCCCUUGAUAAAUGAUUAUAAAGUGCCAAUAAUAUUAAUAAAUAGGACGGGUGUGUAGAACAGUGUACACAUGUAGAUUCAGUGACCAGUGUCUUAUUUGUGCAACAACUGUACGAGAGCUCGCGAAUAACAGCACGUCAACUUUCGCAGACUUCGCAGUUCGAGCUGACGGAACCGAAUCGCAACAAUGAUGGACUCGGACCCGUCUGGUGCGGACUUCUGCCGGUUCUGCAGAUCGGAAGCGUCGUCCGACCGGCCGUUGUACCACCCCUGUAUAUGUACAGGCUCGAUAAAGUGGAUACAUCAAGAGUGCCUGGUGCAAUGGAUGCGAUAUUCGCGGAAGGAGAUUUGCGAGUUGUGCGGGCAUCGUUUUUCGUUUAUGCCGAUCUAUUCCCCUGAUAUGCCGCGCCGGCUGCCGAUUACGGACGUUGUCGGCGGGCUGGUCACGUCCGUCGCUUCAGCCGUGAAAGACUGGCUGCAUUACACGUUAGUCGCGCUCGCUUGGCUUGGAAUAGUGCCUCUCACCGCCUGUCGCACGUAUCGCUGCCUGUUUUCCGGGUCAUUGGAGCCUGUAAUAUCACUUCCAUUUGAUAUAGUGUCAGCAGAAAAUCUAGCAAAGGAUGUGUUUUCUGGUUGCUUCAUAGUAACAUGUACUCUAUUCUCGUUCAUUGGACUGGUAUGGUUACGAGAGCAGAUUAAGCAUGGGGGUGGCCCUGAUUGGAUGGAACGGGAGAAUCUGCCUCCGCAACCUGUUGAGGAUUUACCUUUACAAGACAAUAACAAUGAUCAUGUAAACGAACCUGCAGGAGAAGCAGAAGGAGCAGUGGGAGCUAGAGAAGAGCCUAAUGCUGAAGGUGGUGAAGAGGCUUUAGUAGGAGAUGAGGCGAAUUGGAAUCCUAUGGAAUGGGAUCAAGCGGCAGCUGAAGAAUUAACGUGGGCACGUUUGCUGGGCUUAGACGGCUCUAUGGUGUUCCUAGAGCAUGUUUUCUGGGUUGUGUCACUGAACACAUUUUUCAUUGUAGUCUUUGCCUUUUGUCCAUACCAUAUAGGCAAAGUAGGAGCUACACUAGCUGGUUUAACAGCCGAAGGUCCAUUUGCUGGUCUUCUCACUACCCUGGCUGGAUAUGUGAUGGUUGGCGCUCUCCUAGCUGUUUUACAUGGAAUGGCAUCAUUACUGAGACUACGGGGUGUGAAACAAGCUUUGGGAUUUUGUUAUCUGGUGGUGAAAGUGGCAUUGCUGUCUGUAGUUGAGAUUGGGGUCAUUCCGCUAGUAUGUGGAUGGUGGCUGGACCUAUGUUCCCUCUCAAUGUUCGACGCCACUCUGAAGGACCGCGAGUCAAGUCUCCAAGCUGCUCCUUGGACCCUCAUCUUCAUACACUGGCUCGUUGGGAUGGUCUACGUGUAUUACUUCGCGUCAUUCAUUUUGCUGUUAAGAGAAGUGCUGAGGCCCGGCGUCCUGUGGUUCUUGAAGAAUUUGAACGAUCCCGAUUUCAGUCCAGUGCAGGAAAUGAUCCACCUGCCAGUGUGGUCGCACAUCCGCCGGCUAGUGGUCUCCGCUAUGGUGUUCGGUACGGCUGUACUGUUCAUGCUGUGGUUGCCCAUCCGGGUGAUCAAGUAUGUGCUGCCAGGGUUUCUGCCUUACGCUGUGGCAGUACAUACCGAGGCGCCGGUCAAUGAACUCAGCUUGGAACUGCUGUUGUUGCAAGUGAUCCUCCCAGCACUCUUGGAGCAGUCCCACACGCGCACGUGGCUCAAGGCAGGGCUGCGCGCGUGGUGUGCGUGCGCGGCUGGAGCCCUAGGGCUGCGCUCGUACCUGCUGGGCGAGGCGUCGCGGGAGAACGAGCCGCACCCGCCGCCGCAUCCGCCGCACCAGCUGGGGGCUGCUCACCGGGCUUUGAUGUGGCGAGACGGUCCGGCAGGCUUCGAGCCCUACGUGCGCGUGUCGUGGUUCCCGCUGCGACUAGGCGCUCUUCUGGCACUGGUGUCCGUCUCGCUGGUUUUAGCGAGCGCGCUCACUCUUGUCAUACCAGUGGCUAUAGGCAGAAAAGUGAUGGCACUAUGGCUACCCAAGGCAGCCCAAGGUGUGCACGAAUUGUAUACGGCAGCAUGCGGUAUGUACGUGUGCUGGGCGGCUGGACGGGGCGGAGCGCUAGCGGCCGGCUGGGCGCAGGGCGGCAGGGCUGCGCUGCUGGCCCGUGCAGCUCUGUGGACGCACCGCGCCGUUAGGGCUGCGCUGGCGGCUCUGGCGCUGCUGGGACUGGUCCCUCUUAUGUUUGGACUUCUGUUGGAACUGGUGUUGGUGAUCCCCCUGCGCGUGCCACUGGAGCAGUCGCCGGUGCUGUUCGUGUGGCAGGACUGGGCGCUGGGCGUGCUGUACACCAAGAUAGUGUGCGCGCUCAUCAUGAUGGGCCCCGACUGGAGCAUGCGCCGCGCCAUCGAGAAGGCCUACCGGGACGGCAUCAGGGAGAUGGACCUCAAAUUUGUCCUCCGCGAGGUGGCAGCGCCGCUGGUGCGCUGGCUGGGGCUGGCGCUGGCGGUGCCGUACGCGCUGGCGCACAGCGUGGCGCCGCUAGUGGUCACCGCGCCCGCGCAGCGCAACCUGCUGGCGCGGCGGGUGUACCCGGCGCUGCUGCUGCUGGCUAUGCUCGCCGGGCUGGCGCUGUUCCAGAUACGUCAGUUCCGCAAACUGUACGAACACAUAAAGAACGACAAAUACCUCGUCGGGCAGAGGCUCGUGAAUUACGACCAUCGGCGGCACAAGCAACAACAUAGCACCAUCUCAUCUCACCACUAGAGAGGGAAAGGGACAGAUAGAUAAUCGUGACCGCGUGCGACAGAGACGGGCUUAUAUCUCCUUGUAUGCACUUGUGAUGGCGACUAGAUUUAAGGUAAAUUUUACAGGUCGCGGCACAUUUAUUAUCAGAUCCGAUUGUCUUAAAGUCGUAUCGUACGAUUUUUUCAAGUAUCGUAUCGUACGAGUAAACCUUUUAUACGUACGCUAGACUUGAGUAGUAAGUUGGUGAAUGCGUUACGAAAAUUGUAAUUGGGUGACGCACGCUGCCAUCUACAGGCACAGUGAGACUGCGUUUGUUUUUUGUAUGUACCAGUAGAUGGCGUUGGUAGAGAACUUUGAAACAAUCCCUUUAUGUACACUUCAAGAACCUGUUGCAUUGCAGUUAUGCCUGGCGCUCAUAGAUGGCGUUCUAUGCGAUAAGUUUUCUUUUUUUUUUUUUAAAGAAAUUUUGCUACAGUCAUGUGGUCUACAGCACACUUGGUUUUUUAGAAAGCAAAGAUAUUUAGUAAUAACAUGAAUAGUUUGAAAAACUAAAAAACACGCUUGAUACCUAUCAUGGGGGUGCAUUUCAUAUAGCCUGUCCGCCAUCUUGGACGUCCGCCAUAUUGGAUUUAAGUCACGUGACAAUUUUUUUCAUGAAAAUGAAAAUGAAAAGCUGAAUAUAUGUUGCAUAUUUUUAUUUUGCAUUUCAUAUAGCCUGUCCGCCAUCUUGGACGUCCGCCAUAUUGGAUUUAAGUCACGUGACAAUUUUUUUCAUGAAAAUGAAAAUGAAAAGCUGAAUAUAUGUUGCAUAUUUUUGUCUUUAUUUCUAUAUGUGAUUCUGUUUCAACGCUGUGCGAAUCGUCCCGUAUAAUAUUAUUAUCGAAUUCAUGCAGGUAAGGUUUAGUAAAUAUAGUUAUUGCAAUUUUAGUGAAACAUAUAAAAAAAUGUUUUGUGAAAAAAACGAACGGGAACUUUUUCCAUGCGUAAAUUAUAUAUUUUUUGUAAAAAAAAUUUUUUGUUAUUAUAACAAAUAAAAAUUCGGUGUAACUAAUUAAUAUGAAGAUUUUAUCUUUGCUCAGCUAAAUAAUAAUAACCAUUUCAUUCCCUCCGAGUAUAACUAACAUACAGAUCUGUAUAUUGAUGUUUAUUAGUAAAUAAUAAGUCUCUGAAAUUUUCGUUCUAUCAUACAUACGUGUGAUAACUAUUUACUAUGAUAUUAAUCAUUGUGAUUGAGAAUUAUAAAGUGUUUUAAAAAGGCUACAAAUCAGAAUCAUUAGCCUAUCUUGCAGUGAUUAACAUGAAAAAAUAAUUUAAAACAAUACUAUUAUUUAUCUUAUGUCUAUAUCUAUUUGUAUCCUCAUUGCACUAAAUCCAUAUUAGCAGUGUUAACACAAUAUUUUCUAGCAUAAAAAGUAGAAAAGCCAAUUCAAUUACAAGGGUAAUAAAUCCAUUUUAAAUUAAAUUUCUGCUUUGCAAUAAAGAUAGACUCAAUAAUGUCGUAUAAUGAAUAAAUCGCCUUUAAAUGAGACGACACGAUAAUCGGAUCCGACAGUAAUAUGAGCCGGCUAAACCUUUAUAGGCAAACCACAUAACUGAGAAACACGUGCGCCCGUCAAAGAAUAAAUAGUAGUAGAAUGUGCCUACUAGCCGCUACAUACUUUCUCGCCUAAUACCCCUGUAGGGGAUUACUCAGUCAGUGGCAUGCAUAAGUUUGUUAACUAGGGUAAGCACUACACGUACAAAUAAGCUAGUUGACUUUUUUAUAAACGUUCUUAAAUUAUUUGUUAUCGUUCUAUUAGAACGUAAAAUAAUGUAUUGAAUUUUUUGAGACUUCAAUACUCCUAAAUUUUAAUUUUAAAUAAAUCUUGAUUAAACGUCCGAAAACGUCCGCAGUGAUGGUCUAUGUGUUAUCUGUGACUAACGUCAAGGUAGUUUUUUACCACUUUGUAUUUAACGAAAUUGCUGGAAAACUGUGAUUCAAAGCAUAUAGAUCGUUUUUAAGCAAAAAAUCGGACAUCGUUUAGUUUGACGUAUAUAUGUUUCCUAAUACUAUGACGUCACGAAAUGGGGACCUUUGGACAAAAAUAUAAAAUAUUUACGCAAUUUUUAACUACGCAGUUUUUAAAAUAAUCUUUUUCUAUUUCAUAUUCAAAUUGGUAUUGGUAAUAUACGAAAUUAUUAUGGUAUAACUAGCGGACCCGCUCAAGCUUCGCUUUGACUUAUUAAUUUAUUUAUUUGCACUUCUUCCCUAUCCCUACCUUACACUACCCUACUCCUACCCCUACCCCUACCCCUACCCUACCCCUAACCUACCUCUACUCUACCCCUACUCUACCCUACCCUACAACUACCCUACCGCUACCCUAACCCUACCCUAUCCCUAUACCAUAAACCUGCCCUACCACUACCCUACCCUACCCCUACCCUACCCCUACCCUACCCCUACCCUACCCUACCCUACCCCUACCCUACCCCUACCCCUACCCUACAUCUACCCUACCCCUACCCUACCCCUACCCUACUCCUACCCUACCCCUACCCUACCCUACCCCUAACCUACCCCUACCCUACCCUACCCUACCCCUACCCUACCCCUACCCUACCCUUACCCUACCCCUACCCUACUCCUACCCUACCCCUACCCUACUCCUACCCUACCCUACCGGUACCCUACCCCUACCCUAUCCCUAUACCAUACCCCUACCCUACCACUACUCUACCCUAGAAUUUAGGGGUUUGAAAAAUAGAUGUUGGCCGAUUCUCAGACCUACUGAAUAUGCACAAAAAAUUUCAUCAAAAUCGGUCAAGCCGUUUCGGAGGAGUUCAAGUUCGAACACCGCGACACGAGAAUUUUAUAUAUUAGAUGAUAAAUUUGAUAUGAGUCAACUACCCUAUUGUACAAAAUGGGAAAUUUCUAUUCAAACACAGGUUCGUAAUGAGAAGUAUAUUUGCACCUAUGAUGUGUACGCCACUGGACUCAGUUAUGUGGUUUGUCUAUACUCUAUAGUCUAUGCCAUUGCUUGGAGAUUUGCGUUUGAUAUUUUUGUGUGGGAUUAUAAAUCACUAUGAUGAUUGUAUAAAAUGUGAUAAAGGACAUAAUUUUUUUUUUUUUAAUUUAAUUUUUUUAAAUAAAAGCAAUAUUAAAUAUUGUAAGAUAGUAUCAUUUCUUAUUUGACUUGAAGCACUUAUUUACAUUUGUCGAAAUAUUACAUAAUUCCGAUCACUAUUUGUAUAUUGUUUGAAAAAUUUACGUUUAUAUGUUAUCCUAAAAUCCGGUCGCUCAGAGAUUGCGUUUCUGUCAGGUCGUGAUCGAAUGGGACAAACAUAUUUGAUUACAAUUGUCUCGUUUUUUGUCUCAUCACUACAAAGACAAACAGUUGGCAUAACCUUGAAACAGCUCAGUUUAACCUUGUGCGCAAGUUCGAAGUUACCUCGCCGAUUCGAUCACGACUUGUCAGAAACGCUAUUUCUGAGCGGCCGGAAAUUAAUGUGUAUAAUAUGAACCUGUACUAUAUUCGUAUAUAUUCGUGAAAAAUCAUUAAAACAUUCUAGCUUUUAUCCACGGUUUGGCCUCCGUGGUUAUCACGCAAUUUUGACGACUAUAGCUUGGCAAGUUUGUUCGUAACACACCCGAUGGUCUGCGGGGGCCGGGGAGCUGGUAGCGAUGACAGCAAAAAGUUGACCGCUACACAUAACUUAUUACGUUACGAAUAAGUCUUCAGAUAUAUCCGAAUAUUCUAUACAACAUAAAUUGAUAUGAGAAUACACGAUUUCACACCCGCGCUGUCCUUCCUCGCCCGUCGCCCGCAUACCAUGGGAGUUUCAUCAACAAACUUGCCGAGCUAUAGUAACCUAUCAUACAGUAGAAGUCCCAUUAAAAACUGUUAAGUAAUUUUCCAGUCAUGCCGAAACAAAUAGACAGACAAUAGAAAUUAAUAAUACAUAUUAUUAACUAUAAGGUACUACUAAUUUUACCCUAAAAGACUUGACACGGACUUUUAUUAGAAAAAAAUAUUGUGAAAUUUUCAAUAGAAAUAAUAUAUCACGUACAAUGGUGUAUUGUAAUCUGGCAAGUUUGUUGAUAACACUCCCAUGAUAUGCGGGCGACAGGGGGAAAGACUGCGCGGGUGUGAAAUCGUGCGUACAGGGAUGUGACGUGCAUCAGUCGUGGAUUUUUCAUUCAUCGCUACACGCCUCCCGGCCCGCGCGGAACAUCGGGAGUGUUACGAACGAAGUUGCAAAGCUAUAUUUAUGUAUUUCUACUACUUCUAGGGUUAUUGGUUAGUCUUUUCAAUGUUAUAAUAGAUUUUGUGUAUAAAAAAAUCUCUUUAGGUCUCUUGCAAAAGCCGGUUUGGUAUGUUAUGACGUCAUAAAAUACGUGACGUCAUAUCCUAGUACUAUUGACUUUGAUUGUUGUAGCGGCACAAUUGGAGGGCCAAUUUGAGGUUUUCAACACUUACGAGAGUCUGUAUAAAAGGGAAUGCCCGUCCCCGAUCCAGGCAGUGGCGUGCACUUCAUACAUGCAUUAAAGUACUGCAUACCCUAAGAGUUGUCUUCUUAGUGCUUAUUAAAUACGGAUUAUUCCAGUUUGCUUCAUUUUAUUACUAGUGCAUACCCUGAUCGACAACCUUAUGCACGCCACUGGGUCCAGGCCUACCCUAACCACCCGGCAAUUUACUUAUAUCUAAAAAAAUCUUGAUAAAUUCUACUUUAAUAAUGAAAUCAUUACUUUGAAUAAAAAAGUUUGCUACAACAUUUUACGACAUUUUUAAAUCAUCUUUUAUUUGUCCACAACAGGGAAAAGCUAUGAUCGUUGCCCAUACAGCCUGAGUUUUACGAUUUUUUUGAAGACUUAUGAUUUGUUUGUUUUUCGUUUUCUUAUUUUUUAAGCUUGUUGGUACAGUAGAAAUAAUACAAAGAAAUAUAUAAUACAGUUCAAAUGUUUGCGCCGGCGUACAUUUUGCCCUAGAAGAUCGAUAACAAUUUUUUUUUCUUCAAGCAACAUACUUUUAUUAAGCCAAUUAUUAUUUAAUCAGAUUAGACAUCUUAUUAUUAUCUCCAUGUACUUUUAUACGGGGGUAUACCUGGGUUCCCUAGGCCGACGUUGUAUGGGCCAGUGGGCAUUCUCCUUUACAGCCACGUUCAAAGAAAGAAUUACAGUAAACAGACAGUGACUAUAUUAUACUUUAUAGGGCAUAUGGUUCAGUGUGCCUAGUGGGAGUUUUUAAUAUUUUCAUACUGUUACUAAACUUGACGUAAACGCAAAUUUAUAUGGAAUUGAAACAGUUGUUCAGUAGUGCCACAAGAUGGCGCUGUUUCAAUUCUUUAGAAAUUCGCGUUUACGUUACGUGACAGUAACAGUAUCAAACUGCCACUAGGCCCUCUGAUUUGAAAUAGACCAGGCAGAACUAGAAAAGAUAAUAUAAACACAUAGUAUAUUUUACGUAAAUAUAUUGUUUCAAAUGCAAAAGUGUUGGUGGAAGUAUAUUUUGAAGUAAAUGAAGUUUGUACUCGUAGUACAUUUGAAUGAAUAAUGAAUGAAUGGUAAGUUUUCGUGAAAUGAGUUAGUCUGUUUCCUUCAUUCGUUCCCGAACUGUAAGUUUGAUACUAGUAAAGUUGAGGUCAAUGCGCUUGUGAUAACCAUACCUUCGUUAUUUUAUAAAAGAAGAAAACACUUUAUUACACAGACUAUAUAGAUAUGAUUAAAUUAAAAAAAAAUAGGUAACACUGAAAAUUGGCAUGCAAGGGCGGUCAUAUAAAAAAUUUGUGUGCUGUCUAUUAAAAGAUUGGAAGAAGCAGAAAUAUACUAUAUUGCACACAAAAAUGCAUAACAAAUUAAAUAAAGAAUAAUUAAAAAUAAAAAUUCGGCCUUAUUGCUAUAAGCAAUUUCUAACAGGCAACCCCUGAUGACAUGAGUUUAUUAGGAGGAUAGUGUGUUGUUUGGUAGAAGCAAGGGCUGUCAAAUUUUUAACUUUUUUAAGUGAUGAAGGAAUGGUUCUGACACUCUGGCUAUAUUAGUUGAUUAAGGGCCAGUUUCACCACCUUCUGAUUAGUGUUUGAUAGUUUAAGAGUAUUUGUCACGAAGGGCGUAGGUAGUCCUCCAAAUUUUUAGUUAUGAGCAUUUUCAGAAAUUGAAUAUCACGUGUCUCGAAAAAUUCGUGAGGAAAUCUGCAUAGGUACCUGAGAAUUUUCGUAAUUCUCUAUGAGUGUGGUGGACUAUUGGCCUAACCCCUCUCAUUCUGAGAGGAAACUCGUGCUCAGCAGUGCGCCGAACAUGGGUUGAUAUAUUAUAAGAAAGAGACAAUAUAUACACUUGGACUAUCCAACAAAGUGGUUAAACCGGCCUUAAAUAUAUUAAGUAAAUAUUUUUGUCUCAAUAAAAUGUGUUAUGUAUAUAAAGUUAUUUUUGAUUUCCACUAUAUAUGAAGUCACAUAGAUUUCUUAUCGUGUCGGCACUUUAAUUAAAAUUAUAAUGGCUUCAAAAUAGAUGUUUUAUUUUUCUAAAAUUUAUUUAAAAGACUAAAGUGAGAAAUAAUUUGGCUCCUGUAAAUUCUUUUUAUUAUAGAAAAAAAUAUAUAUAAAACUCCUUUUAUUCACAUAUAUUUUAAAUACAAUCCUUGUAAAAUUGUUGUUAUUGAUGCUUGACAAUUGAAAAUUGGUGCACCAUUUCAUAUAUUAAUUAACUUUAUUUAUCAAUAGUAUAAUUUAUGUAGUCAUGUCACUAGAGGAAAUGUAACCGUGAAAUGUCAAUAAAAAAACAAAUAAUAUUUAUUAUUUAAGAAAUAUUUUGCUUAAAGAUUCAAUAAAAGGUGUUACUUUAGUACCAUUUACCAUGGAAAAGUUGUAGUUACUAUCAAAUUAUACAGGGUGCUCGGGAGUAUUUUCCAUAACUUCAAGGUGUUGACGAGUCCACUUAUAGGAGCCGAAGAAGAAGAAGAAGAAGAAAUAUACUUUAUUGUACAUUAAAAACAAAAAUAAACAAUAACUUAUAAUAACACUUAGAAACUAAUGUACAAAUGGCGGUCUUAUCGCUAAAGAGCGAUCUCUUCCAGACAACCACUGUGGAAGAGAAAAAAAAAAAAAAAAAAAAAAAAACGUAAGCACCGAUUCGGGUAUACGCACACAAAAAAUAAGAAAAGUUAAGUAAUUUAAAUACAUAAAUAUUAAGCAAUAAUACAUAAUAAUAAUACAUAGACUAUACUUAACUACAUCAUACAUAUAUACAAAGAAAUACAUAUAUACAUACAUACAUACAUACAUACAUACAUACAUACAUACACACAUACAUACAUACAUGAAAACCUGCAAAAUAUAAAAACAAGACGGCAUCUAAGGGAAGACAAAAGAAAAAUAAAUAAACAAAAUAAUUCAAAAAUAAUAAUAAAUAAACAUAAUACACAUACAAGCGUAAUUUGGAUUAAUAAGUUAAAUUAAAAGAUCAGGGAGGAAAAAAGUGCAUGUUUACCAGCCGUUUGAAAGAGGUUAGAGAUUGGGCACGCCGAAUGUCUAAGGGCAAUGAAUUCCAGAGCCGAGCAGCUUUAACAGAAAAGGAUUUAGAAUAGAAGGAAGUAUUAUGGGAAGGAAUUUUUAAGAUUAGGUUGUCUUCAGAGCGAAGGGAGCGACAGUGAGUAUCACUUAGAAAGCUAAAACGCUCUUUUAAAUAAAUCGGAGUCGUAGGAUUAAACAGGACAUUAUACAAAAAAGACAGAAUGUGAGUAUUCCUGCGAAGGCGGAUCGAGGGCCACUUGAGUUUUUCGCGAAAUUCGGAAACAUGGUCAUAUUUGCGAGCCGAACUGCAUAACUAAUUUUUUUUUUUUAACUAAAAAAUAAAAACUUUUUAUGUUUUCAUACAAAGUAAUUCAAAUAAUUCCGACUAUCCAUGUAACACACGCCUUUAUCUAUCCUUGCAUUUUAAAGUACGUCAAACUCGGCUACGUCAUAAAUAUAAGGUUGCGUAUAAUGAACACAUUUUAGGAUCUAUUUACAAAAUAAAUAUUAUUCACCCCGAAAAUAUUAAUUUUAGAACACAUAUUCCUUGAACAUUUUUAAUUAAUUUUCGCUAAAUAAUAUAACCCCAGAGUUAUGGGAAAAUACUCCCGAGCACCCUGUAUAUGUGUGUGAGAUAAAAUGUGGAACUUCAUGUUUUCUUUUAGCUUCAAAUCAUUCAUAUGAAAAUUCUUGUCGAUCCAUAAUAUUAUAAAUCCUAAUAGAAAAAUGUUUUUUGUGUCGUAUAACUUCUUUUACUUACCAAAGGGGCCCUAAAUACUUGUCGGCCUUGUGUCUAGGACAAGCGACUGUCUUGUCUUGUCUGUGACUUUAUUCCGUAGUCUUGUUAAGUAGGUAAUACUUUUUGUUAUUUAUAUAAUGCUCAAUCCAAUUGUUUGUCUUUUUUUAUAUUUUUAAGAUUUAUCCAAACAUACCCAAUUAAGUACCCAGAUCGGGUCUUCCCUGUUAUAUGUGAUUGGACCAGUAAUCAUUAUUAAUAAUUUGCUUUGUUUAUAGAUAAAGUAUGCCAUUUAUUUUUUAAAUUAAAAUAGUACCAAUAAAUUCUAGAAAUAAAUAUAAAAAAUACAUUUUAAUUUUAUAAAUAAUUGUUGUAAUAUUUUAUUUAACGUAUUUUCUCUAGGCAUGUCUUUAUAUAAGGCCCCAUUCUUUCACCUUUGGUAAUAAUAAUAAUUAAUAAAAAAAAUAUAUUUGGUGAAAAUAAAAUUUGUUUGUAUAGUAUGUGUUAUUUUAGAUGUAAGAAAAUUGUUAUUAGGUUUUGGUUUAAAAAUUUUAGUCAAAAUUAUUGUUGUUUUAGUUUUUUUUUUUUUUUUCAAAAUGAAAUUAGUCUCGUCAAAGGUGAAAGAUAUGUUACAAUGCGUAUAGGUAAUUCACUUAAUUUUGUGUAAAUAUUCUUCUUAUUAUAAUUAAAUUGAAAAUGAUAGGAUGGGUUGCGGAGACGAGUUUCUCGAGGAUAGGUAGAUGUAGAUGGAAGAAAUAAUAAUAAUUUGUAAAUCAAUAAACUGUUUUAUUUAA